GUACAACUACUUCGCGCGCACCGCCCCUUCGUGGACGUAUGAUCAUCAGACACGUGUCAACAUGACACAUGCCAAGCGUGUUCCCGCUUUUUCCGUUUCUCUUCCAAAUCUCAUUUCGCUCGUAUCAGGCGUAAAUAACAGAAUCAAGAUCCGCCCUCUCUCUCUCUCUCUCUCUCUCUCUCUCUCUCUCUCUCUCUUCAUAUCACCCUCGAUCCGAGCUCCAAUGCCAGUUAUCUCAACUGAUCAUCUGGGCUAAUAAGCCAACCAAACCGAGCCGAGCAGCAGUAAUUGUUCAACAUUGAUUUGAAAACUUAACAAGCUUCAAAGAUAUAUGUACAAGCUUAGUUUGUUUAUGAGGGAAGCUGAUCUCAAAUGAGUUUUAACCAAGGGGAUCUUGAGUAGCUUGAAUUUUUUGCAAAGUAAGCUGAUCUGAAAUGAGUUUUAACCAAGAUGGAGUCUGAGAUGCUUACUGCAUUAACUGAUACCAUCAAAGAUCACUUCACGAUCAAAUCUGAGAAUGGCUCCGAAGGAUUCUCACAUAAUCAACCAUUUGUAAUAGGUGUUGCUGGCGGGACUGCAUCUGGAAAAACAACUGUUUGCAAUAUGAUCGUUUCUCAGCUCCGUGAUCAACGGGUUGUUCUUGUCAGUCAAGAUUCAUUUUAUCACUUGUUGAGUGAUGAGCAAUUAGAAAAGGUCCAUGGGUACAACUAUGACCAUCCUGAUGCCUUCAAUACAGAACUUCUCCUUUUAUGCAUGGAAAACUUGAAACGUGGACAGACAGUCAGAAUUCCAAACUAUGACGUUAAGAGUCAUAAACACAUAGAACCAGCUCGAAAGGUUAACCCCUCAGACGUCAUCAUUUUGGAAGGAAUUUUGGUUCUUCAUGAUCCGCGUGUCCGUGAUCUCAUGAACAUGAAGAUCUUUGUUGACACAGGCAAUAACCCCCAUUACCAUUUCAUCAGUGCAGAUUCUGAUGUGCGGCUUGCGAGGAGGAUACAACGUGACACAGUUGAGAGGGGAAGGAACAUUGAAAAUGUGCUUGAUCAAUACACUCAAUUCGUUAAGCCUAGUUUCGAUGAAUUUAUACUCCCGUCAAAGAAACACGCAGAUGUCAUCAUCCCUCGAGGUGCAGAUAACGAUGUUGCAAUCGACCUGAUAGUACAACAUAUACAGACAAAGCUUGGACAACAUGAUCUUUGUAAAAUAUACCCAAAUGUUUUUGUUGUACAUGCAACAUAUCAGCUACAAGGGAUGCACACUCUUAUACGUGAUGUCAGAACAACAAAACAUGAUUUUGUUUUCUAUGCAGACAGACUUAUUCGUUUGCUUGUGGAAAAUGGUCUAGGCCACCUUCCUUUUACUGAACAACAAGUCAUUACUCCAACAGGAUCAGUAUAUACUGGAGUUAUUUUCUGCAAAAGGUUGUGUGGGGUAUCAGUCAUUAGAAGUGGGGAAAGCAUGGAGAAUGCACUGAGAGCAUGUUGUAAGGGAAUCAAGAUUGGCAAAAUUCUCAUCCUUGGAGAAGGUGACAAUGGCCGGCAGUUAAUAUACGAGAAGCUACCAGCUGACAUUUCUAGCCGCCAUGUGUUACUGCUCGACCCAGUUCUAGCUUCAGGAAAUUCUGCAAUCAAAGCUAUUUCUCUGCUGUUGAGUAAGGGUGUAGCAGAAUCUAGCAUCAUCUUUCUUAACCUCAUAGCUGCCCCUGAAGGAAUCCAUGCUGUUUGUAAAAAAUUCCCAAAGCUAAAAAUCGUGACAUCGGAGAUUGACACUUCACUGAACAAGGACUUGCAUGUGAUUCCGGGCAUGGGGGAGUUCGGAGAUCGCUACUUCGGAACGGAUAAUAGUUCUGUUGCCAAUUGUGACGACACAUGAAAUUAAUUUUUUUUUUCUUUUCCUCCAUUUAAUAGCAAAGGGAAGCUGAGUAAUUCAUUUUUGUUGAGGGUCUAAAUAAAGCAUCAUCCUUGGGAGAAAGAGUUUUAUAAUGUGAAUAUUUUUUGGAGCCUUUGGUGUUGUGAACAAGUAACUCGGCUUAAAAUUCUGGUUAAUUGGAUUGUAAUCUCAAAGUGCUAUUUAAGGAUUAAAAGCUUACGUAUCAUCGUUUUAUUGGUUCUGUGAAGAAAAGGGGAUAACACGGAACCUAUAUAGAAUGACGUGUGUGGAUCUUACAUGCAUCGUGUGGAAUCCACGUGCAUUGAACAUGAAUGCAAUAUGAUAACACAGUUGAAGGAAGUGAUGUAGUGUUCAUACAAUAAGGACAAUUAAGUAAGCUCAAACUUAUAUGCUCAGAUUUGGAAAUUGCUAUGGGAUGCAAUCUCAUCCAGAUUUACAUAGGAGAAGUGUCACAAGAACCAAACUGAACCUUCUUUCCAUGAUUGCUGCUCAGUGAUGAACCUUUUAAGGUUUGAUUCAAAUUCCUCAGGAACAACUAGUUUCUCCGAUUUUACGCC